CGCGGGCGGACUACGGCUCCCGGCAGCCCCCGCGCUGGCGGCCGCCCCUUCGCCGCCUCCCGCCGGUACCGAGCGGUUCGCGGGCGUCGGCGCUGCCCGGCCGCCGCCGCCCCGUCCCCGCCUCCCGCUGCCCCGGCGCGGCCCGCGUGCCCGGCCCGCCGCCCGCCUCGCCGCCGCGGGGACAUGGACUCCGACUCCUGCGCCUCCCCGUUCGCCCCGGAGGACUUCUCCCCCGCCUCCAAGCGGCACCGCACCGUGGAGGACUUCAACAAGUUCUGCACCUUCGUCCUGGCCUACGCCGGCUACAUACCCUACCCACAGGAGGAGCCCCCCCUGCGGAACAGCCCCAGCCCUCCCAACAGCACUGGCGGCACAAUCGACAGCGAUAGCUGGGAUCCCCGGUUCAAUGACAUCCCUUCUUCUGUUUCCUUGCCGGCCAAGAACAGAAAGAGCUUUAGUCAGCUUAAGCGAACAAAAUCGUACGGUUCCCUAUUCCAGCGAGCAAAACCUAGCAAUUUCCUGCCCGAGCGAAAGCAGAUUGAUAAGAUCAGGAAGAAGAAGAAACUGAAGAGAAGGGAAACGGAAGCAUCUGCAGAGGAAGACUAUGAGGAGAAGCUGCUGGAGCUGGAGGCGGAGGACUCUUUUGUGGAGACUCCGCUGAGCCCCUCGUCCGAGGGCGAUCCGCAGUCCGUUACCGAGCACUGCUCGGCGUGGGACUCUGACACGCCCUCCGGCGUCGCCUACCCUGCCGUCACAGCCGAGCAGACUGUGGAGAUACAGAGCGUGGGCAAGAGAACGGUCAUUCGGCAGGGGAAGCAGGUCGUGUUCCGGGAUGAGGAUGGCACCGGCGACGAUGAGGACAUCAUGGUGGAUUCAGAUGACGAUUCGUGGGACCUAGUCACUUGCUUCUGCAUGAAACCUUUCGCUGGGCGGCCAAUGAUCGAGUGCAACGAGUGUCACACCUGGAUCCACCUCUCCUGCGCUAAAAUCCGCAAAUCAAACGUCCCAGAGGUCUACAUAUGCCAGAAGUGUCGGGACUCCAAGUUUGAUAUUCGCCGUUCAAACCGCUCCCGGACGGGCUCGCGCCGGCGCUUCCUGGACUAGCCGAGGGGAGGGCCGCGCCGCGCCGGCGCGCUGCUUGGGCGGGCUCGCCGUGCAAGCACAGGCCCCAGCCGGGAGGCCGGGGAGCACUCUGGACUGCUGCUGCUCAGGCUGAAGGGCUGCCUGGUCUGUCUGCGGUAACAGGGAUAAGGUAUCACAAAGUUGUUGAUGGCCGGGGCUGGAAAAAGCCAACUGGUCAAAACUGCUGCUAGAUACUGAUUAGCUCAAGGACAGAUUAAGCGCUCUGGGUUCAGUGGGGUUUUGUCCAGUUAAAACUAAGAAUUGGAUGAUGUUUUGGGAAUGUAUAAUACCUUUGCCACGUAUUAUUUCUCAUCCCAUCGGGAAAGAAACUGCAAACCUUCUCUGUGCUAGGAAACUCAUCCUCCAAAGAGGGAGGAGGAGGGAAAUCUGUGUGAAGAGUCUCAGAAGUAAAUGGCCAUGUGUUUUAAUUUUAAUGUAACAUUGUACCUGCCCAUUUGUCCAUACAUAUCCAUCUUAGAUAUUCUAAGGCUCUACAGGAGUGAGCGUGAGUACCUACAGACCUCAUGUGUGAUCUGCCUCGUCUUCAGUGGGUCUGGGCAGUAGGUGAGCUGCUUUCACAGAGUUCUGUGGUUUGGCAUUGUUCAAGUAAAAACGGGAUUUUCUCCUGCUCCAAGGACUGGUGCAUUUCAAAGAAGAAAACAGUCCUCUUUCUGGGAGGCAGCGCUGGGGAUUAGUGACGUCGGGAUAUUUCCUAGAAGUCUCUUCUAACUGAUUUUUGUGACUGUGUUUUGCAUGAUUGGCUCAGAUGUGUGUUUGGGGGGGUACCGUUUGCUCUGUUUCCCAGCCCGUCGGUAAGCUCUGAGGUGCUGUUUUAAGGAGACAAUGACUCUUUCCCUUUUCUCAGCCCAGAAUUCAAACGUGGACUGUGAAAGGGGCUGUAGUAAACUGAGAACCCAGCAGGUCUAGUUUGGGAUUGGACCAUCUCCACCUGAGUGCUACAGCUGAGUUUACCUUUGUUGUCGCCAUUCGUUUUCGAGACUGGAUUUGUAAUCAAAAAAACAAAGUCUGUAGCCUAUUGGUUGCGAAUUUUACAGAUAAAAGCAAACGUGGGCUAUGCGGUUAGCAAGGUGAAGUGCAAUGAAGAUCCAUCCAGUCUGGGGAGGACAAAAGAAUACGGAGGCACCUGCCAAGGCUGCAGUCCCCUGACUGGCCUUCCUGGGGCGUUAGCCCGGGGGAAAUCUGUUUAGAAACACGAAAGGGAGUCAAGGCUUGUACGUGAGGCCACCGAGAUGUAGAUGUUGUUCCUCAAUGACCAAACAGAGCGAAUUGUAUUUAUUGCACAAAUUAGAUUUAUGUCUUUGAGGGAGCUCUGUUAAGUUAUGCCUAAUGAACAAUGCGUGCUCUGUCCUGCGAGACCACGAGGCCAGGGGAAGUCAAUGGUUGGUAUUGUAGCUGGAGCAACACCAGCUGAACUGGCGGGAGCGUGUCCACGUUGCUACUGCAGAUACACCGCGUUAGACCAUCGCCUUAGCGGAACAGACUUACCAGGAAGGUUGCCCUGGUGACGACCAAGGGUCCUCCCAGUACGCAGAGUCAGGUACUCCCCUUCGGACACGUAACACGAGGCGGCCAAAGCGUGAGGCAGGCGGUACAGCACCGCAGCGCCCUGGGGCUCCGCUGUGUGGGAUGCUGGGACGUAGAAGAUCUGUCAGCCUGGAUCAGUACGACGGACUUGCACAACCGUACUGUUCUUCAAAGUUGGUCCUUCAUAAAAAUCCCACCCCACCAAGCUGCGACAACUGACUCUUGGUUCUGAAAAACAGCUCUCCAGCUUCUGUAAAACCAGACCCUGACUGUGGUAUGCUGCCUUCCAGAAGCUAAGCGGAACCACCUAGGAGUUUGCCAAAGAUUUGCCCCAUAAGGCUGCCUGACUGUUCUCUGCAGCCAGAAGAAUAACCAAAGUUCUCAAAUGUUGCCAUUUCACUCUGCAAACAGGAAGGCUUUGGAAGAUCCUGGUCACAAGCUACGUAAGGGUUGGACCUGCUCUGAGUAUUGGUAUCUUUGUUUACAGCGUGUCUGCAAUUCAACUGGACCACUGUGGAACGUGUUCCUGAAGCUUUUAUGGGAGAAGUGACGAACUGCCAAGUGAACUGCCUCUUUUUCACAGAGGUUUGUACUAAUUAAUGUGACUGACUCUUGUUCUGUUACCUUUCCAGAUUUAUCCCAAUAGUUGGUGUCUGACAAGUCCAGCACAUUACAAUAUCAGCAGAGAGAGAGGAAAAAAAAGAAUUCCAUACUUUUAAGUUCAUCACUUUCAGCCAUGUAUGAUUAUAGUUUAAUUCAGAACUUUAUUUUUUCAUUAAAACUGUUUUAAUGAAUCAUGUUUUUUUCUUAAAUGUGAAACAAAUGAAAAAUGACUGUUUGUUUUA